AGUAAGGCGGCGCGCCGGCUAGCGCGCUCGCCUGCCGGUCGCCCGGGAACCAUUGACGGACGCCGAAUUCCAUUUUCAUCAAUAAAAAUAAUGUCCUGAAGUGUUUAAAUCGUGUGUGUUGUCUUAAUCUGUCAAUUUAGCUGUUACUGUGUGUGUUGCGGUAAUGUUAGCUGCCCGUAGUGUCUUCCUUUAGUAUAGACGUGAUUGACUGUUGAAAAUGUCGUUGUUUUGAUAAGAUUCGUAACCAUGCCGGGAACGUCCUAGAACAUCGCAGUGUAAAUAAAUACAUAGGUCUAUUACUAAAGCAAUAAUCAGUUUAAAAAACGUAGAAACCCCGUAGUGACGCUAUAUAAAGUGCUUAAUAAGCCAUAGUUCUAGUGUUGCUAAUAAAAUUAAAUCUUCCAUAAAUAUUUUAAUUUAACUUUAGGCUAAAAUGUGGCGUGACUGUAACUGUUAAUUCAACAAUCAAAAUGAUCUUUAAUACUAGUAACAUAAAGUUUAAAUUACAACAAGAGUUGAGCUUUAUCGCUUCGCAGCGUACAGUCGACGACAGAAGUGCAUAGCUGGUGAUAUAAAUAAAAUAAUGUUAAAAAGAAGAUGCCGCAGCGCGCGCCGACGUCAUCAAACUUGAUGCGACCGUUCGUGGUUUUGGCCCUGCCCGGAAUGUAUUUGCUGUACAAGUACAACCAGUACCGUCAGCAGCAAAUGGAGACCGCGCGGCGCCGAGUCACCGAGCGCGAGCUUAUGCACCUCAACACCAAAAUCGACAAAUUGCUCAAUAAACUGGAAGAAAAUGAACCGGAACUCGCCUCUUCGCCUGAUGAAGAAUGUGUAAUAUGUGUGAACGCGAAGGCGACGAUGCAAACGUCGCCAUGCGGGCACCGAGUGGUGUGUCGGCGGUGCUUCGUGAAGACCAUCCAAAUGGCGGUCAGUCAGCGACUGCUGCCGCUGCGGUGCGUCAUCUGCCGCGCCAAGAUCCUGCGGCUGAGGCAGGCGCCAAGGCUUGUUACCAGCAAGAGCUGGCAGGUGUCAAGCGGUAGCGCGAAGUCAUGGGGCGUACCAGGCUCGGUGUCCAGCUACUCUGUAGGCGCGCGCUCCGUGCCCGCCUCGGCCUCACUCUACUCCGUCACUAGUGGCGAGUCUUCCCUCUCUGGUGUGUCUUCCGUGUCAUCGAACAGCGGAGGGAAUGUCGCGAACAGUUGUUCGACGAAGCUGUGCGGCGGUGCCAAGUGUGGGGGUGCCUGCCUGGGCGCAGUGCCCAGGACAUCUGUACCGCCGCGCCCUCGACAACCUGCCUCCAACUCGCUGAGACGCUCGCAACACCAUAGUAUGAAGGCCCGGUUACAAGAUUAUCAAGUCCAUAGCUACACGGGAGGUCCGGCGGCUGGAGAGCCGUCGGGCAGGUUACCUCCCAUCAGGGAGUUCCAGAGAGAAUUUCGUGAAGGACGAAGAGAGAGUGCUGCUGCUGCCUCCGCCUCUACUAGAAUAAGGUGUGCCCAGAAAAUUGUAACGCAGUUAGAAACGUCGCCACAAAAAGACAAACAACACUUCUUCCGGCCACUAAAACCUUCAAAUAAAGACGACCCGCCCGACUCCAGAGAUCACAGCAAAGAGACUGAACGGAAAAAAGAUAACCCCAAAUCAAAGCCCAAAAAGGACGACAAAAAGAAAAAAGAUGAUGAAAAUACCAAACAGGAAGACAAAAGCAAAAAGGAUGAAAGUAGUGACAAUAGGAAAAAUGAAAUAGCCGAGAAAAAGAAGGAAGAAAAGAUGAGACUUAAGGCGGAAAAAGAGGCUAAGAAAGAAGCCAAGCUUCAAGCCCGGGAAGAGGAGAGACAGGCCAAGCUGCUCGCGAAGGAGGAGGAGAAACAAGCCAAACUAAAAGCGAAGGAAGAGAAGAAAAAGGCCAAAAAAGAAGCAAAGCUCGCCGCGCAGGCUGAGAAGGAAAAAAACAAAUAGAAUUAUAACGUUUAAAUUUUACAUUGUAGAAACUCGUAGCCGUCUUAAAUUUUAGAAUUGAAAAUUGUUAUCAUUGAGAAAUCGUAAAACAAUUUUAAAUAGCGUAUGUCUAACAGUCUAUUGUAGUCCAUAUUACUAACAAUAAAUUAGAUACUGUUAGUUUAAAUUUUAUUUUUUUACUUCGAUCGGAUAUGAUGAUUGUGUUUACGCUUUGAUACUGAUUUUUACAAUUUUGUUAUAAUUAUCUAGCUUAGUUGCAAUUUCAAAUCGAAAUUGUUAUUUAACUUAGGAAUGUUGUAAAUAUUUUUAAAGUCAAAAAUGUUAUUAUGAGAAGCAAUCUAAUUACAUAGUUGUUGGGUCAUAAUUGGAACUCUACAAACUGCGAAGACUGAAAGAACGGGAUAAUGAAAUCAUAUCGUUUUGUAAUUUAAUUGAGUAACAGUAUAGUUAAGAGCUUCGUGCAUACAGCACCGCCGAUUUAUUUAUGUAGAUUUUAUCGUUCUUAGUUUGUCUGUAGUUGAAGCUUUUUAGAAUCAAUUACUAUAUAAUUUCAGAAUUAUUUACCUACUUCUUCAAUACAAGAGUAUAAAUUGUAAUAAAUAAUGCUAAGAUAUGAUUUUCUCAAAUGCCUUCUUGAUGAUUCUAAAUCUUUGUGAUUCAAAAUAACUUAUCCGCUCUAUUUGGAUAUUUAAAAUAAUUUUCCUGAAUAAAAUAAAUCCUUCCUAUUUCUACAGAACCCAUAUGACCGCAGUAACAUGAUUAUGAUAUUAACUGCAUUAAAGUUACAUAAAUAGCAUCAUAUCAGGCAUUUAGCAUACUGCUAGGUAAGUGUUGACAUUAAUUUUGUAAGGGUUCCACAAGUCGGAAUUUAUUAUUGUCAAUCGUUAGAAAUUUCCUGUAAAAUAAAUAACAAUGUUACCAUAAGCCUUACUCUUUUAUUUAUACCCAAAAUAUCUUAGUACAUAACAUUUUCAACAAUCUUGGGCGCAAAAUAUUGUUGGUAAGUAAAUAAAUAACAACAAAAUCACAUAAAAAACGUGACAUAGGUAGUACUGGGUUGCAUGUAAUAAUGCCAGUUGUUCAAAUAAAAUUGUUAGGAAACAAUUAAUAGUUUAUUUAUCUACACUGAACUAUGUGACAAUACACUUGAUUACUAGUAUACUAUGGUCAGCAAAAUUUCUAUAAUAGUAAUAUUUAAUAGUAUUUAUUCCUUGUAAUCAUCACCCAUGCGGUCGUACAUUUCUUCACCGGUCUUCUUGUUAAUGCGGUGGUACUUGUUGACCAAAGGUUUAUAAUAGUAUGCCUGGUAGUCCUGGCGCUCAGCCAUCUUUUUGAUGAUCUGUUGUUCCAACUUACGCAGCUUCUGCCUCUGCCUCUCCUCGUCAAUAGCGUGCAUGAACUUUUCAUAGU